GAAGCCUCCCUGUCCUACUUAUUAUGUACCGCCUCUUUCUCCUGAGACAGAAAUUUAAGGGGAGAGAGAGAGAGAGAGAGAGAGAGAGAGAGAGCAGAAGUGGAAGAGAGCUUCAUUUGCUGAACCCCAUUGAAGAGAAAGCUCUUCCAGGUCCAUCACAGAAAUGGGCGAAGAGAAUAAAGAGGAGAAGAAGGAGGAGGCCAAGGAAGGAGAGAAGAAGAAAGAAGAGCCGCCGGAGAUCGUGCUCAAGGUCGAUAUGCAUUGCGAGGCUUGUGCCAGAAAAGUUGCAAGAGCCUUGAAAGGGUUUGAAGGUGUGGAAGAGGUGACCACAGAUAGCAAGGCCAGUAAAGUGGUGGUGAAAGGGAAGGCAGCAGACCCUGCAAAAGUGUGUGAGAGGCUGCAAAAGAAAAGGGGCAGGAGAGUGGAGUUAAUCUCUCCUUUGCCCAAGCCUCCUGAGGAGGAGAAAAAGGAAGAAACUAAAGAACAACCCAAGGAAGAGAAAAAAGAGGAGCCCCCGGCUCCAAUAACAGUCGUGUUGAAGGUUGGAAUGCAUUGCGAAGCAUGUGCUCAAGCUUUACAGAAACGAAUCCGGAAAAUUCAAGGAGUAGAGACGGUGGAGACCGACGUGGCGAAUGAUCUGGUAAUAGUCAAGGGCGUGAUCGACCCGCCGAAGCUGGUCGACUAUCUGAAGAAGAGAACGGGAAAGCAAGCGUCCAUCGUGAAGGACGAGGAGAAGAAGGAAGAGGAGAAGAAAGACGCCGAGAAGAAGGAAGAAAGCAAAGAAGGAGAGAAGAAGGAUGGCGAGGAAGGGAAGGACGACGACGGCACGAAGAUGGACAUCAGGAAGAGCGAGUACUGGCCCUCCAAAUACUACAUGGAAUAUUCCUCGUACCCCCCUCAGAUCUUCAGCGACGACAACCCCAACGCUUGCUCUGUCAUGUAGUGCAGAGAGUUCCGAACCUCGGACUCGGUUAAGAGUACGCGGCGAGACAAUUUUCCAUUGUACUUAAAGCUUGCUAAUAAAGAGAUUUGCGAGACUGGGAGUCGAUGGCUAAUUGUAAUCUGUUGAUGUUCUGUAAUUUGUGUUACUAAUUGUCUGCUCUCUCGAUGCGAAAGUGUAGAUGAAUUUUUAGCAAA